ACUACCCUUGUAACUACUUAUCUUUUUUUUAUUUUUUAUUUUCUUUCAACAAUAUAUAUGAAAAAUAUUAUUAUUAAUUUAUUUUUUCGGCUAAAGUAAAAAAAAAUUUGCGAGCGAUCCUCCUAAAACAACACACACGAAAAAAUUCAAAUCAAAAUCUUCUCCCUCAAUAUGGCAUUUCACGUAGCUUGCCCAAUUACAUGCCGCCGAAUCUGCUUCUGCCCGCUAGGGUUUCCGCGGAGCCACGGGAAUGGCUUCCUAGACGAGGUCCGCAAGGUCGAGGAGUUUCUCAAGGAUCCGUGGGGAAUUAGGGUUAGGGAUGGAGAGAAGGGGGCUGCCACGGUUCAGGUCGCCGUUCCGCGGAUUGUGCCGCCUCCGCCGCCGCCUCCUCAGCCGGUCCUGCCCCCGCCGGCAGAUGCCGUCGACGAGGAGGCUGCCGCCGCCGCCGCUGCGGCGUCGGCGCAGGCCAAGCGCGCCGCCCUCCAGCGUAAAGCCGCUGCCGCCAUGGUCGCCGCGGAGGACUACGCUCGCCGCUUCGAGUCCGGUGAUUUGAUGGAGGCCCCAAGAGGUCCAGCGGGAGAAGAACAGGGUCAGUCCAAUGUUAAUGUGAUGUGCAGGAUAUGCUUUUUUGGUGAGAAUGAAGGAAGUGAGAGAGCAAGGAGGAUGCUUUCAUGCAAAAGUUGUGGCAAAAAGUACCACAGAAACUGCUUGAAAACUUGGGCUCAACAUAGGGAUCUCUUUCAUUGGAGUUCUUGGACGUGUCCCUCUUGCCGAAUUUGUGAGGUAUGCAGAAGAACUGGAGAUCCUAACAAAUUUAUGUUCUGUAAAAGGUGUGAUGGUGCUUACCAUUGUUACUGCCAACAUCCUUCACAUAAGAAUGUUUCGUCUGGACCUUAUUUGUGCCCAAAACAUACCAAGUGCCACAGCUGUGGCUCUACUGUCCCAGGAAAUGGCUUGAGUGUGAGGUGGUUUCUGGGAUACACUUGCUGUGAUGCAUGUGGAAGAUUGUUUGUGAAGGGGAAUUAUUGCCCUGUUUGUUUGAAGGUUUAUAGAGAUUCAGAAUCAACACCAAUGGUUUGCUGUGAUAUUUGCCAACGGUGGGUUCAUUGCCAAUGUGAUGGUAUCAGUGAUGAAAAAUAUUUGCAGUUUCAAGUGGAUGGAAAUCUCCAGUACAAGUGUGCCACAUGCCGUGGAGAGUGCUAUCAGGUCAAAGAUCUUGAGGACGCUGUGAAAGAGCUUUGGAGGAGAAAGGACAAAGCUGAUCGAGAUUUAAUUGUACGCUUGAGGGCUGCUGCUGGGUUGCCAACUCAAGAAGAAAUAUUUUCUAUUUCACCAUAUUCUGACGAUGAAGAAAAUGGCCCUGUAGCUAUAAAGAACGAGUAUGGGCGUACCUUGAAAUUAUCUCUGAAAGGGUUAGCUGAUAAUUCACCAAAAAAGACCAAAGAUUUUGGAAAGAAAUAUUCCAGUAAAGCAUCUGCAAAGAAAAAAGGAUAUCAGGCACCGGCGAUCAAUAAAAGAGAACCAGAUCUUAGUUUUGAAGGACAGAAUGCCGAAUCUUUCAGAUACAACUUGGGUCGUGACAAGAAUGGUGGCCUGUUGCCUCAGAAAGAUGAGGUACCAGAGACAUAUUCUUCUCCUGUUGCCGGAAGCCUGAGUCAUACAGAAGAGAUUUGCUCCAUCAAUCAGCCGGGAGUUUUAAAGCACAAGUUUGUAGAUGAGGUAAUGGUGAGCGACGAAGAUAGGACUUCAAGAGUUGUUAGAAUCAAGAGUAAUAAAUCUAAUGAUGUGGAUAGUGGAGAGGAUACUGGAAAGCAUUCUGGCAAGUCGAAAACUGUCAAAGGAAAAAAAUUAGUGAUAAAUUUAGGCGCACGGAAAAUAAACGUGACUAAUUCUCCUAGGUCUGAUGCUUCAACCGGCCAAAGAGAACACCAAGAGUUUGUGGCAUCCAAUGCAGGCGGUGAAGACACAAGCUGGCGGAGAACAAAUGACAACAAACAUGACGCCCCUACUAAAUAUAGUGAUGAGAGAAAUGAUUACUCUGGACAAUCAAUGGGUCUGAAGGUUGGAAGUAUCAAGUUGGGAAAAAUUAGGACUGCGGUUUCUGAUUAUAAUCCCAAAUUUGGCCAAGGGAGUGGUGCAGAUCCAUAUGAAACUGCUACCCCAGAACAAACUCAUACAUUGUUGGGGAGGGCUGUUCCUACUUCAGGAAGUGAGAGGGUAUAUUCGAGGAAGCAUUCAGAAAGACGGGCUGUUACAUACAAUGAGAACAAUGGUGAUUAUGGUCAAACACCUGUUUCACAUUCUUUGCCUAAAGAUCCAAAGCCUCUGCUGAAGUUCAAAUUUAAAAAGCCCAGUACGGAAAAUCAGAACUCUGCUAAUCAAGAGGAAGAAAAGAGUUCUAUUAAGGGCCAGAGGUCAAAAAGAAAGCGUCCAUCACCGUUCUUGGAAAAAUUGUCGAUCAGUGGAGCUGAUGCAACACAAGCUCAUCAAGACAAUUUAAUGGAUGAGAUCAUGGAUGCCAAUUGGAUACUAAAGAAGUUGGGUAAAGAUGCAAUUGGGAAGCGAGUUGAAGUUCAUCAGCAAUCUGACAAUUCUUGGCACAAGGGAAUGGUUGCAGACGUAGUGGACGGCGCAUCAACAGUAUCAGUUGUUCUAGAUGAUGGUAGACAAAAGCUUCUGGAACUUGGGAAACAAGGCGUUCGAUUUGUAUCUCAAAAGCAGAAGAGGUCAAAGACAUGAAUGGUAGACAAGUUAUUCAUGGUGAUUGUGACUUCAGGAGAACACUUUCUUUUGUAUAACAGAGGAAUCCUAGGAAUCGUCUAUUAAGUGUCAAAAGGCCCCUAGAAAUUCAAGUUUGCCCUUCUUGCAGCUAGGUUCUCACCGAAAAAUUGUUUGUUGGAAAUGUUUAGCUUUCCCUUCAGGGACUAAUUCAGUCCCUCUAAGAUUGAUGCCAUUUUUUUUUCCAUUUUUUUUUGAAAGGUACAAACUUGAUAUUCAGGAAUCAGCUGUAACAGGAUAUUGUUAGUGAGCCUCUAGAAUUGGGGAGAUUUGCAACUCUGGGAUGUAAUUAGAAUCCUUGCAUGUUAUAGUAGAUGUAUUAGCACUUCUUAGAAAUUAAAGAAUUAAUUUUGUUCCAAAGCAUCUCUACAG